GAAAUGCGUGUCUUUUGCGCUCUAAGUCUGAUCGCUUUCAUGGGCAUAGCCCUCAUAUCUACAAAGCCAUUAGAUGAAUCAAGCAAUCCGAAAGAUUCGAAACUAAAGAAAGCGGAAUUAGAUAAAAUGAUGGAGAACUUGCAGUUGCUGGAGAAAUUGGCCAACGACACAUAUUAUUCAGCAGAUCCCACCACAAAGGAGACAUAUUUAACCAAAGAUCCAACGGCGGAGGAAACAAAAGAACCAACUGGAGAGGGAUCUAGGGAACCAACUGUAGAGGAAACUAAUGAGCCUACGGGAGAGGAAACAAAAGCUGGAGAGGAUGGGGAGGAUGAAGAGGAGGAAGAGGAGGAAGAGGAGGAAGAGGAGGAGGAUCAAGCGACUCUGGAUAAACCAACUGAGGCACCAGUUAUGUAUCUAAAAUAUCCCGAACACGAAGAGGAUUUCAAGGCGUAUCCAAGGUUUGCCAUCCUCCGGAAUGGCUAUGUGCAUCACAUGAACAUGGACUUUUAGCCUACGCACUUCAUCAGGAAAUAAGUGAUAGUGACGUGUUCUUAAGAACAAUGCCAGUUUAAGUCGAUAGAUGGGGAA